UUCUCGUCUCCUUCGCCGCUCCUCCAUUGUUGCCUCUCUGGGACUUUUUCCUCCGGUCUUCAUCCGUUUUUUGGGGGGGGAUCCUGGAUCCCCGGGAGCCGCCAUGCAGAAAUACUGCAAAGAAAUGGAGGAACUGAUAGCUGAACUUCGCUUGUUUCUUGAACUACUGGACCACGAGUAUCUUACAACAGCCGUUAGAGAGAAGAAGACCGUUAUAAGCAACAUUCUUCACAGGUUACCGUCAUCCAAAGAAUGCGAGGUAAAAAACCAUAUUCACAAAACAGAGAGCGUGCCUGCACCCCCUCAGAUGCCGUUGCCAGAGAUCCCCCAACAAUGGCUGCCGCCAGAUAAUGGGCCGCCCCCUCUGCCAACAUCUUCCCUUCCAGAGGGCUAUUAUGAAGAAGCUGUGCCGCUAAGCCCCGGUAAAGCCCCAGAAUACAUAACAUCCAACUACGACUCUGAUGCUAUGAGCAGUUCUUAUGAAUCCUAUGAUGAGGAGGAAGAAGAUGGCAAAGGUCAGAAGAAGAGACUUCAGUGGCCAUCAGAAGAAGCCUCCAUGGAUCUUGUGAAGGAUGCUAAAAUUUGUGCCUUUCUUUUACGGAAGAAAAGAUUUGGCCAGUGGACCAAACUGCUGUGUGUCAUUAAAGAAAACAAGUUAUUGUGCUACAAAAGCUCCAAGGACCAGCAACCUCAGAUGGAGCUGGCGCUGAACGGCUGUUCUGUGUCUUAUGUUCCAAAAGAUAGCAAAAAGAAGAAACACGAGCUGAAGAUUACUCACCAGGGAACAGAUGCUUUGGUUCUUGCUGUCCAGAGCGAGGAACAGGCAGAGCAGUGGCUGAAGGUGAUUAAAGAUGUGUGCAGCAGCUGCGGUGGGACAGUGGAGUCCGAGGGACCUUCGUCAAGCUCUCCCGUACCAAAGUCGGAACUGGAGAAGAAAUUAUCGUUGGAAAGGCCCAGCUCUGACGGGGAAGGGAAUCAAGAGAACGGCACGGCAAUUCCUAACGGCAAGGAGGAGGCGAAAAGAAAGAAAAUGAACAAGACGGAACCAAAGGGCACAGUGACCAAAGUUACAGGAAAGAAAAUAACAAAAAUAAUUGGCCUCGGGAAGAAAAAGCCAAGCACGGACGAGCAGACUUCUUCAGCUGAAGAAGACAUUCCAACAUGCGGGUAUCUGAACGUGCUUUCCAACAACCGAUGGAGAGAACGCUGGUGUCGAGUCAAAGACAAUAAACUCAUCUUCCACAAAGACCGGACAGAUCUGAAGACACACAUUGUUUCUAUCCCUCUCAGAGGGUGUGAAGUUAUUCCUGGCUUAGACUCUAAACAUCCCUUAACGUUCCGACUACUCCGCAACGGUCAAGAGGUCGCCGUGCUGGAGGCUUCAUCAUCAGAAAACAUGGGCAGAUGGAUUGGAAUAUUACUCUCUGAGACGGGCUCCUCUACAGACCCUGGAGCUCUGCACUAUGACUACAUCGAUGUGGACACAACAGCGAACGUGAUACAAACGGCAAAACAGUCUUUCUGUUUUAUGAACAGAAGAGUGAUAUCAACAAAUCCGUACCGAGAAGCCCCCACAAACGGCUAUUCCUGUCCCAGCGGGAUGGCCCUUCAUUACGAUGACGUCCCGUGCAUUAAUGGAUUGUGGGUGCCCGAUGAGGAUACAUCUCAUAACCAACAGAAAGGCGAAGAGGGGCUUUAUGAUGACUCAGGCCUGUACGAUAACUUACCGUCUCCGAAAAUCUUUGCUCGCUACGCGCCCGCUGACAAAAAAGCCAAUAGAUUUUCUACUGACAAAUCUUCUUCUUCCCACUACAAAACUCCUGUCUCGUCCAGUCUGUCUUCUCAGUCUGUCACUAAUACCUCUGCGGUGGGGAGGGGAUCACUCGGUUCUCCGUCUCAGCUGAAGAGCAAAAAGCCGCCUGUAACCGCUAACGGGAAUGCAUCGAAAGCCAGAGCGGCCAGCAGCCAGCAGAAGAAACCCAACGCGACGGUCGGAGUGAAACGCGUGGCCUCAAAUGCCGAGCAGUAUAAAUACGGAAAGAACAGAGUGGAGGCCGACGCAAAGAAGCUUCAGAUGAAGGAAGAAGAUCUACUGAAGAAGAAGGAAGCUCUUCGAAAUAGACUAGCCCAGCUCCGGAAGGAGAAGAAAGACAUUCGGGCCGCUAUCGAAGCCAAUGCAGGUAGAAAAUCCCAAAUUCUCCUGGAAGACAAGCUGAAAAAGCUAGAGGAGGAAUGUAAACUGAAAGAGGGGGAGCGCGUCAGCCUCGAGUUAGAACUGACAGAGGUAAAGGAGAGCCUGAAAAAAGCCAUGGCCGGAGGAAUCACCCUGGGCCUCACUAUCGAGCCCAAAACAGGAACGUCGAGGCCGCAGUCCCCUGUUCUCCGACAACGCACCGUCGAGAACUCUCCGAUCUCUAGUUGUGACACGAGUGACACUGAAUGUUCGCUGCCAGUGAACAGUGCCGCAGCUUUAAAGAAACAGACCACGGCGAAAAACUCCCCAGUACGAGGUCAUGUGCUAAGGAAGGCCAAGGAAUGGGAGCUUAAAAAUGGCACAUAAUCCCAGUACAAGCAAUUACUUGUAUCUUCAACUCACAGCCUUAAAGGACUUGGACCAAGGGGGUAGAAGGAAGACUAUUUAUACGUUUACCUGUUUCUUGCUACCAAGCA